AUGGGGGCCUGUGCUUUCGUGACUGAUGCCAGGAUCUCGCCUGGCCCUGAGAACAACACCACGGGCACCACGGCCUUCUCCAUGCCCGGCUGGCAGCUAGCACUGUGGGCCACAGCCUACCUGGCCCUGGUGUUGGUGGCCGUGACGGGCAAUGCCACGGUCAUCUGGAUCAUCCUGGCCCACCGGAGGAUGCGCACGGUCACCAAUUAUUUCAUUGUCAACUUGGCCUUGGCUGACCUGUGCAUGGCCGCCUUCAAUGCCGCCUUCAAUUUCGUCUAUGCCAGCCACAACAUCUGGUACUUCGGCCGCGCCUUUUGCCACUUCCAGAACCUCUUCCCUGUCACAGCCAUGUUCGUCAGCAUCUACUCCAUGACUGCCAUCGCCGCUGACAGGUACUUGGCCAUCGUCCACCCCUUCCAGCCACGGCUCUCCGCCCCCGGCACCAGAGCAGUUAUUGCUGGCAUCUGGCUGCUGGCCCUGGCCCUGGCCUUCCCCCAGUGCUUCUACUCCACUGUCACCACGGAUCAGGGCGCCACCAAGUGUGCAGUGGUCUGGCCAGAAGACAACGGCGGCAAGAUGCUCCUUUUGUACCACCUCGCGGUGAUCGCCCUCAUCUACGUGCUGCCUCUCGUAGUGAUGCUCUUCGCCUACAGUGUCAUCGGCCUCACGCUCUGGAGACGCGAGAUCCCCGGACACCACGCGCACGGCGCCAGUUUGCGCCACCUGCAGGCCAAGAAGAAGUUCGUGAAGACCAUGGUGCUGGUGGUGGUGACCUUUGCCAUCUGCUGGCUGCCCUACCACUUCUACUUCAUCCUGGGCAACUUCCAGGAAGACAUCUACUACCACAAGUUCAUCCAGCAGGUCUACCUGGCGCUCUUCUGGCUGGCCAUGAGCUCCACUAUGUACAAUCCCAUCAUCUAUUGCUGCCUCAACCACAGGUUUCGCUCUGGAUUCCGGCUUGCUUUCCGUUGCUGCCCGUGGGCCACACCGACUGAGGAGGAUAAGAUAGAGCUGACUCACACUCCAUCCCUCUCGGUGAAGGUCAACAGGUGUCACACUAAAGAGACUUUUUUCCUGGCUGGGGACACAGCCCCCUCUGAGGCUACCAAUGGGCAGGCUGGGGGCUCCCAAGACGGGCUGCCUCCAGAACCCUGAAGCCUUGUGCCUGGCUACUUCACACCCUUGGAGAAGUAGCCAGUUGAGAGGCCCAGACCUGGAAGUUUGACCUCUGCCCCAGCUGUCAGUACCUCAGCAGAAAAACAAGAUGGCGCCAGGAGGCUGCAGCGGCUGCUAACUCUGAGGGCCCAGGUGCCCCUAAUCCCUGCUUCACGGCAACCAGUGAGAGUCAAGGACUACAAUGUGAGCCAACACUUACCUAAUCCAGGUGUGGCAAGCUCAGAGCCUUCCUGGGGCAUACAACUUAAUGAGUGAAUUGGAUCCAGUAUAAAAAAAAAAAAAAACAUGGCGAAUGUGAUAAAAGGCAACGGACUUCCAGCGUUGGGGUCCCUGGGAGUGCUGGGUACGGUGGCAAACUGGAGGGCAAAGGGGACAGAGGCUCAUGGGCUCCGGACAAAUGUCGCCAGGGGGGCCCACUGUUGCCAGAUCUUCUAAAUCUUUCAAGACACGCCAGAAAUCCAAAUUUGUGGGACUUCCAGACUUGCACAAUUUGGCUCACAUUUUUAGAAAUAUUGGGUAAACCAAACAAAACACCAGCACCCACCGGUUUUUUAUCACACUAUGGACACAGGGAAGAAGCGUCAUCUUCUGCAAAGCCUGUGAGUGGAUCCGACCUGGGACUUCUCCGCUUCAACAUCUGAGCUCAGAGAUCCAGCUCCGUGAAGAUGGUGGUUCAGAGUCAAAGGAGCCUUGGCUGUGUUGCCUCCGCCACGUCACUAUAAACUAGCCUGCCAGCACAGUAAGCACUGCGCAAAGAGCCACCACGAUCUUUAUCCACACCAUGCCCGCCGUUUCACGUGAAGGCCUCCAGGAAGUGAGCACCGGCCAGGACCCUCACUUCAGCAGCAAGAAGGUGAGGGGCAGAGACCGCCGACCAUCUUCACUCCCGGAGAGCCCCAGCCCCAGCCCGGCCACCCUUCCCUUCCCGCCGUCCUGCCUCACCCUGCACACCCCACUGCCCCUCCAGAAGAACCACGGGACACCAUAAAUGCGCAGCAAGAGAGUUUAAUGCUGUCUGUGGUCCCCACAAAGAUCACCGUGCCAGAGGCACUGGCAGUGCCAGAUAAAGGGACUCCGCUCUUGACAUACCAAGAGGACAUGCGGUGGGGCCUGGAGGGAGCCACGUAGGGCUGGAGUCGUGGCUUGGGAGAAUCACUUGGCACCUUGCUCACCGGGUACCAGGUGCGGACUGAUGUGAGAUCUGCUGAUGGGCCUUGGGGUCAGAACUGCAACUUCAAGGUUGAGGCUGGGUAGGGAUGAAACGGUCAGAUGAGGCUCAAUUUCCUGGAGAAGGGGUUACUUAAAAUGGGAGGACAGUGCAGGCACCCUGCUAGCUGGGCCGCUGCAAGACUUCACCUGCGCUGGAAUGGGGGGGGGGGGCGGUCUACAUCAUCUGUUCUCUUGGCAGACGGUGACGAAGGGCAGGGUCUACCUGGGACAGCAGUAGGGAGAUGAAAGUUUCACUGUCCUCUCAUUAAACCCAAACAGCCUCUGGAAGCCCCUGGA